AGCGGGGACAUGAAGCUGCCACUCUUGGUGUUUGUUGUGUAUCUGCUGUGGCUGAAAGAUGGUCGCUGUGCACCUACUUGGAAGGACAAAGCCGCUCCUGCUGGAAACCUGAAGAGUUUUUCUGAAGCUGGGGAGAUAGAUGAGGACGAAGCGGUGAAGAUGGCUUUGAUUGGCAUUAAGCAGAUGAAAAUCGUGAUGGAAAGAAGAGAGGAAGAACAUUCGAAGCUCAUGAAAACCCUGAAGAAAUGCAGGGAAGAAAAGCAGGAGGCCCUGAAACUUAUGAAUGAAGUUCAGGAUCAUUUGGAAGAAGAAGAAAGGCUAUGCCAGGUGUCUUCAGCAGAUUCCUGGGAUGAAUGCAGGUCUUGCCUGGAAAGUGACUGCAUGAGAUUUUAUACAACCUGCCAACCCAGGUGGUCUUCUGUGAAAAACACGAUUGAACAGUUUUUCAGGAAGAUAUACCAAUUUCUGUUUCCCUUCCACGAAGAUAAUGAAAAAGACCUCUCUGCCAGUGAAAAGUACAUUGAGGAAGACGAACAGUUGGUCCAAAUAGAGGAUGUGUUCAGCCAGCUGAGUGUGGAUGUGAAAUCUCUCUUUAACAGGAGUGUUUCAGUCUUCAAACAGAUGCAGCAAGAAUUUGAUGAGGCUUUUCAAUUGUAUUUCAUGUCAGAUACAGACCUCAUUGAGCCUUACUUUUUUCCGGCUUUAUCCAAAGAGCCAAUGCAAAAAGCAGGUCUCGUGCAGAGUUGGAACAUUCCCAACUUCUUCCAGAUGUUUCGUAAUUUCAGUGUGUCUGUUUAUGAAAGCGUCAGUGAAGCCAUCACGGAGACACUGACUGCAGUACAGGAUUCACCAAAACAAGGCAAAGACCCUGGCCACGGACCCCUGGCUUCAAAGAUGUUACCUGAGCAGGACAGACAACCGUGUGGGGAACUGAGCCAGGACUUGUCGGGAUGUUUCAGAUUUCACCAAAGAUGCCAGAAGUGUCAAGAUUACUUAGCCAAAGACUGUCCUGAUGUACCUGAACUACACACAGAAUUGGAGGAGGCCCUCAAAUUGGUCAACGUAUCCAGUGAGCAAUAUGCCCAGAUCCUGCGGAUGGCCCAGUAUCAUGUAGAGGACACCAUGUAUCUCAUGGAGAAGAUGAGAGCCCAAUUCAGCUGGGUGUCUGAACUGGCAAACCAGACCACAGCAACUGAGAAUGCCUUCAACUCAACAAAGGAAGUUCCAAGUGUUCGUGAGAGAACUUCAACCAAACAAGGUGAAAUGAAGGUAGACUUCAGCAUUUUGCCUUCCCCUAAUUCUACACUCAAGAUGCUUCUUGAAGAAAGUUCUGAGAGCUCUAGCUUUGUUGACUACAUAGCAGCAAAAGUUCGACAGCAUUUUAAGGAACAUUUUAGAACUUGGUAA